AUGAAAUUCUUCUUGGUAUUCUUGAUCUUUCCCAUCCUCUCCGAAUCUUCCGAUCUUCGAAAUUUGACUCAUAAAAUCGAGACGGAGAUCGGAGAAUUCAUCGAAAAAUCGGACGCCCCUUCAAUCCGCACCUAUUUCUCCGACGAUUUCUCGUUCAAAUUUUGCAAUGGCACCGUAUUCUCGCGCGAAAAUGCCGUGCAAGAAUUGUUGACGCGCAAAGGAGCGUUGCCCAAGUUCGAGAUUUUAGACACACAAUUUUUGGACAUGAGUUCCGAUCAUUUUUAUUACGUUUUGAGGGAGGAUUUCGAGGCGAAAUCAAGAAUUUUGUACACUUAUAACACGGUGAAAAUUGUUGGAAAUCAGAAGGGAAUUAUUGUUGGAGGGAAACAACAGUGUAAUUAUUAA